GUCGUCUUGCGCGAGCGAACUACUACUAUCUCUUUCUCCUCAUAAAUCGCGCCCUUGCAAGCGCGCUCCUUCGCGUUUUGUUUCGUUGCUAGCUACGAUCACUGGCCAGGGCAGCAGGCAUGUGGAAUUCAAUGGAGCGCAAACAAUCCCUCCAGUGGAGCGCGUAGCAGCCAGCAUUGUCCCAUUCGGAUCAUCGCGCGCUCGAUCUACUUUCGAAAUUCUCUCCUCUCUCUCUCUCUCUCUCUCCCAGGGCGAAAUUUCGAAAUAUUCCGGGGUUUGUAGCGUUCUUGAUCGAUCGCCAGGGCGGCAGCGGCAGCGGCGAUGCCGGGGCCAUGGCUUUCUUGGACAAGAACGCUCUCGUGCAAAUCCGACACCAAGGAUGUGGUCUACGAUCCCAAGCACCAGCGGCAUUCUUCCAGGAUCCAGCCAGCGCUGGCGUCGCCGGUGGUCAAUCCAGUUCCAUUCCACGCCAAGGGCAAGAACCCCGGUACCAAAUCUUCCGCGCAGCCUCAGCAUUCCUCGUCCCUGAUCAGUCGAUCGUCGUGCAACUGCUCCAAUCUCAAGGACAUCGUGCACGGCAACACCAGGGUGAUCCACAGGGCGUCGUCGUCGGGGAGUCCACAAUCGAUCAAAGACUCGGCGGAUUUUCUCAACGAGGUCUCGCAAGAUGCCCUGUUCCUGGAAGAUCACGAUAAUCACCACUACAACAGCGCGUCCCCUUGCGGCGAUGCCCCUUUGCUGCUACCAUCCUCCACCUCCUCGUCAUCGAGCUCGAGCUCCGGCAACCAUCGCCAGGUGCUCGUGGUGUCGCGCAAGAGAUUUGGGGGCUCUUGUAAUGGCUGCAAUGUGCUCGACACCAUGGAUUCCAUGGUGGCGUCGUGCAAGGAUUCGUCGUCCGUGGCCUCCGCGGCGAGCAUGAUCGCUCGGAAUUGCAAUCUCCCGCAUAUCAGCUGCCAGAAAUGCGGGGAUUGCUUCACCAAGAUCGAUGCUCUCGAGCACCAUCACACCAUCCAGCAUGCAGUGUCGGAGCUGGGGCGCGGCGAUUCCUCGCGCAACAUCAUCGAGAUCAUCUUCCGCAGCAGCUGGAUCUCGAGCAACAGCUCCAUCGGCCGCAUCGAGCGCGUGCUCAAGGUCCACAACUCCCAGCGCACGCUCGCGCGAUUCGAGGACUACCGCGACAGCGUGAAGCUCCGCGCCAAUUGCAUGGCCCGCAAGAACGCGCGCUGCAUCGCCGACGGCAACGAGCUCUUGCGCUUCUACGGAUCCAGCGUCGCGUGCCCGCUGGGAGCGCACGGAUCCAGCAGCGUCUGCAGCCUCGCGCACUGUUCCAUAUGCCGGAUCAUCCGCUCGGGCUUCGUCUCCAAGAACACCAAGGGGAUUUGCACGACCGCCACGAGCAGUAGCGCUCAUGUGGAGGAGAGCUUCGGUGGCAAUGCGGGCAAGAGGGCGAUGGUCGUCUGCCGGGUGAUCGCCGGGAGGAGCUACCGGACGUCUUGCUCGACGAACGGCAUAGGGGAGAUCUCGGGCUGCCCCAACGGCUACGAUUCGGUGGUGGGCGGGAUUGGAUCCGACGGUGGGAGCUUGGUGGUGUUUAAUCCCAGGGCUGUGCUUCCUUGCUUUGUUGUAAUUUACAAGUGUGGUUAAGUUUUUUCUUUUUCUUUUUCCCGUUGUAAGAGACUAUUAUCAUUAUCAAAACAUAA